AUGGGGACAAAUGUUGGUGGUGAUGAAAUUUCUAAACAUGGAUAUUCAACUGGCUAUGAUGUCCUACACAAUCGACGUGCUAAUAAAGGACUAGCAUUUUCCAUUGAAGAACGUCAAGCAUAUCGUAUUCGUGGUUUAUUACCUCCAACUGUCUCAACACCACUUCUUCAAGUUGAACGAUUUAUGGAAAAUUUACGAAAAAUGCCGGAUGAUUUAACGCGAUAUUUAGCAUUAUCUGCAUUACAAGAUGCCAAUGAAAAGUUAUUUUAUCGUGUAGCAAUUGAACAUACACAAGAAAUUAUGCCACUUGUUUAUACGCCAACUAUUGGUUUAGUUUGUCAAAACUAUAGUUUGCUUUUUUUAAAACCGAAGGGCUUAUUUAUAUCAAUUUUUGACAAAGGUCAUAUAUAUGAUGUUCUCUGUAAUUGGCCAGUUAAUGAUGUUCGAGCUAUUGUUGUAACUGAUGGUGAACGUAUCUUAGGUUUAGGUGAUUUAGGUUGUAAUGGUAUGGGUAUACCUAUUGGUAAAUUAAACUUAUACACAGCACUAGCUGGUGUACCACCAGAAUAUUGUUUACCUGUAACACUUGAUGUUGGUACAAAUAAUGAAAAUUAUUUGAACGAUACAUAUUAUGUGGGUGUAAGACAAAGACGUGUUCGAGGAAAAGAAUAUGAUGAAUUUAUUGAUGAAUUUAUGCAAGCGGUUGUGAAACGAUUUGGACAACAAUGUUUAAUUCAAUUUGAAGAUUUUGCUAAUCAUAAUGCUUUUCGUUUACUUGCAAAAUAUCGUGAUACUUAUUGUACGUUUAAUGAUGAUAUUCAAGGUACAGCUAGUGUUGCUGUUGCUGGAAUCCUUAGUGCAACGAAAGUAACUGGAAAAAAAUUAAGUGAUAAUUUAUUUGUAUUUUAUGGAGCUGGUGAAGCAUCAAUAGGUAUUGCAGAUUUACUUGUUGUUGCUUUGACACGUGAAGGAUUAUCGACAGAAGAAGCACGAAAAAAAGUUUUCUUAGUUGAUUCAAAAGGACUUGUUGUUAAGAAUCGACCUGGAAGCGUAUUAAAUGAAGAGAAAAAGCGAUUUGCAUAUGAACAUGAACCAGUUUCAAAAUUAAUUGAUGUUGUUCAAACUAUUAAACCUUCAUUUCUUAUUGGUGCUUCUGGUCAAGGUUCAGCAUUUACUCAUGAUAUUCUUGAAUUGAUGGCUUCAAUUAAUGAACGUCCUGUUAUAUUCGCUUUAUCAAAUCCAACAUCAAAAGCUGAAUGUACAGCACGUGAAGCAUAUGAAGCAACAAAAGGCCAAUGUGUAUUUGCUUCUGGUUCACCAUUUCCUAAUGUUGAAUAUAAUGGUAAAACAUUUGUGCCUGGUCAAGGAAACAAUUCAUAUAUAUUUCCUGGUGUUGGUCUUGCCAUUGUUACGUGUGCUAUUCGUCAUGCACCAGAUGAAUUAUUUUAUUUGGCUGCUAAAACACUUUCAGAACAAGUAACAGAAGCUGAUUUAUCAGCUGGUCUUAUUUAUCCACCGAUUAAAAAAAUUCGACAAGUAUCAAGAAAAAUAGCGACAGCAUUAGCUGAAUAUGCUUAUGAGAAAAAUUUGGCUGGACUUUCUCCAAAACCGAAAAAUUUAGAAAAAUUUAUUCAUUCAAAACAAUAUACAGUUGAAUAUGAAAAUGUAUUACCACAUCCAUGGGAAGGAACAAUUAAAUCACCUUCGAAAUUGUAA